AUGAUUGUUACUUGCAGAAAUUGCCGAGGAGAAAUUACAAGCAGAACGUGGAAUGAGCACACAAAUUGCAGCUGCCUAAUUUCAGAGGAACCUCCCGCAGGGACAAAGCUAGAGGACCAGCGAGAAGGGAGAAUUCGCUGCGUAAAGUGCAACUCUGUUUUGGGCCGAUUCAAGUGGCACGGAGCCAAGUGCAUGUGCGGGAGGUGGACAUUCCCGUACAUAAGCGUCCACAAAAGCAACACGGACAUUAUGCACGAAGAGAAAAGCACUCCCCCAGAAGAAAAGCAGCUCCCAGAAGAAAAGCUUCCUUUCUAG